AUGGAUGGGAGGGCCCUUCUGCCCACACAAGAUGUGGGAGAAGCAGUCACACUGAUCUUUGAUCUUUGCUUCUUUGCAGAUAUCUCCGUGAGCCUACUGACCCUUGUGGUCACUGCCUGUGGUCUCGCUCUCUUUGGCGUGUCUCUCUUCGUGUCUUGGAAACUCUGCUGGGUUCCAUGGCGAGAACGAGGCCUGCUCUCUGGUAGCAAAGACAACAACCAGGAGCCUCUUAACUACACGGACACAGAGACAAAUGAGCAGGAGAACAGUGAGGACUUCCUAGACCUUCCCACGCCUUGCCCUGACUCCUCCAUGAAGAUCAGCCACACCUCCCCUGACAUUCCUCUCUCGACCCAGCUGGGGGUCCAGGAGAACUGUGCUCAUGGCAUCCGCGUACAGCGCCAAAUCACAGAGCCAACUUCGUCAUCUCGGCAUAAUUCAAUCCGAAGACAACUCAACCUGUCAAACCCAGACUUCAACAUCCAGCAGCUUCAAAAACAGGAACAGUUGACUGGAAUUGGUCGAAUUAAACCAGAGUUAUAUAAGCAGAGGUCAGUGGAUAAUGAUGAUGGGAGGAGGAGUAACAGCAAAGCCUGUGGGAAACUGAACUUCAUUUUAAAAUACGACUGUGACUUAGAGCAGCUCAUCGUGAAGAUUCACAAAGCUGUCAAUUUGCCGGCCAAGGACUUCUCUGGGACCUCAGAUCCUUAUGUCAAGAUCUAUUUGCUUCCCGAUCGGAAAACCAAACAUCAGACUAAAGUUCACAGAAAGACCCUGAACCCUGUGUUUGAUGAAGUGUUUUUAUUUCCGGUUCCCUACAAUGACCUCGCAGCGCGGAAGCUUCACUUCUCCGUGUAUGACUUCGACAGGUUCUCUCGCCAUGACUUAAUCGGCCAAGUGGUGGUGGAUCACUUCUUAGACCUGGCUGACUUUCCCAGGGAGUGCAUCCUUUGGAAGGAUAUCGAGUAUGUCACUAAUGACAAUGUGGAUCUUGGAGAGCUGAUGUUUUCCCUCUGCUAUCUUCCAACUGCUGGCAGGUUGACCAUUACUAUCAUAAAAGCAAGGAAUUUAAAGGCAAUGGACAUAACAGGAGCAUCAGAUCCCUACGUGAAAGUCUCACUGAUGUGUGAUGGCAGACGGCUGAAGAAGAGGAAAACAUCCACCAAGAGAAACACGCUGAAUCCUGUUUACAAUGAAGCCAUAGUCUUUGAUGUCCCUCCCGAGAACAUUGACCAAAUCCACUUGUCCAUAGCGGUCAUGGACUAUGACCGUGUAGGUCACAAUGAGAUUAUCGGCGUGUGUCAAGUAGGCAACGAGGCUGAGAGGCUGGGCAGAGACCAUUGGAGUGAAAUGUUGUCAUAUCCUCGGAAGCCCAUCGCUCACUGGCAUUCCUUGGUAGAGGUAAGACCCUAA